AGCAUCCAAUGGAUAAUACAGACAAUUGUUAGCGCAAGACCAUACAUCAUACUAUCAUAUAAAGUAUAAAACACCCCCAAAAACCUUAUACCAAUUGUCAAUCAACCAAGCAAUCAUCAUGUCACCUCUAUCAUUAGCUAUUCCAGCAAUACUCUUUCUAAUAUUCAUUUUGAUUUUAUCAUCUUAUCUAUUUUUUCAUCCAAAUCAACAUCAACAUCAUCAAAAAAAUCCACCUGGUCCAAAACCUUUCCCAAUUAUUGGCAACCUCCACAUCCUAGGAAAACUACCACAUCGUACCCUUCAAUCCCUUUCAAAAAUACAUGGACCAAUCAUGUCCUUAAAACUAGGAAAAAUUCCAACCAUCAUAGUUUCCUCCCCAGAAUCAGCUGAAAAAUUUCUCAAAACCCACGACGCUAUUUUCUCUAGUAGACCAAAACUUCAAGCGUCCGAACACAUGUUUUACGGUGGAAAGGGAUUGGGUUUAGCUCCAUAUGGUUCCUAUUGGCGGAACAUGAAAAAACUUUGUACUUUGCACCUUUUGAGUGGUUCGAAAGUUGAGAUGUUUGCAUCUAUGAGAAGUGAGGAACUAGGGAUGCUUAUAAAGUCGGUUGAUAAAGCAGCGGUUUUAGGUGAAGUCGUGAAUCUUAGUGAGAUAGUUGGUGAGGUUAUAGCGAAUAUUACUUAUAAGAUGGUUUUGGGAUGCAAUAAGGAUAGUGAUUUGGAUUUAAAGGGAGUAAUUCGAGAGUGUAUGAACUUGGCUGGAAGUUUUAAUUUGGCAGAUUUUUUGCCUUGGCUAAGCAUAUUUGAUAUUCAGGGACUAACAAGUCGAAUGAAGAAAACAAGCAAGGCAUUUGACCAAAUUGUGGAGAAAAUAAUCAAAGAUCAUGAGCAAGACAUGAAAAAGGACCCUCACCAUAAGGACUUUAUCGACAUAUUAUUAUCAUUAAUGCAUAAAUCCAUGGAUCCCCAUGAUGAAGAACAAAAACAAGUCAUUGAUAUAACUAAUAUCAAAGCUAUUAUAUUGGACAUGAUUGGUGGAGCAUUAGACUCAGCUUCAACAACAAUUGAAUGGGCCAUGUCUGAACUCUUAAGGCAUCCAAAUGUGAUGAAGAAACUUCAAAAUGAGCUAGAAAAUGUGGUAGGUUUGAAUAAUAAGGUAAAAGAAACUGAUUUUGAAAAUUUACCUUAUCUUAAUAUGGUAAUAAAGGAGACAUUAAGAUUAUAUCCAGCUGGACCAUUGUUAGCACCUCGUGAGUGUUUAGAAGAUGCUACAAUUGAUGGUUACUACAUAAAGAAAAAUUCUAGGGUUAUAAUAAAUGCUUGGGCUAUAGGAAGAGAUCCUAAAAUUUGGACGAAUAAUUGUGACAUAUUUUAUCCAGAAAGAUUUAUCAAUAGUAAUAUAGAUCUUCGAGGACAUGAUUUUCAACUUAUACCAUUUGGGUCGGGUCGUAGAGGGUGCCCUGGAAUUCAACUAGGGCUAAAUACUGUUAGGCUUGUUGUUGCCCAAUUGGUACAUUGCUUUGAUUGGGAACUUCCCUUUGGUAUGUCUCCUAAUGAUUUGGAUAUGAGUGAAAAAUUUGGACUCUCAAUGCCAAGAUUUAACCACUUGCUAGCUGUGCCAACAACUCGUAGACAAAAGUUUGAUAUAUAGUUAAAUAUAUGUAUAUCAAAUUGAAAUGAAUAUGUUUAUAUAUAACUGAAAUAAAGGUCUUUGUGUAGGAAAAUUGUGUAAAUAUGACCCAAUAAAAGUGUGCAGCUAUUGAGAUACAAUUGAUGAUUGUUAUGUUGAACCAACAAAAUGGAUAAGGACUAUGUAUAAGAGAUCAAGUAUAUUGUUUUAGUUUUAUUUAUUUUUGUUGUGUA